AUGCUCAUCAAUCACCAGAUCGACCCACUGCUCCUUGGCCGUGGGGAGGAUCAGCUCCGGCGGCAGCACGAAACCAUAGUCGCCCAGGUCCCGCAGCUCGACCGUGUAGGAGAAUUCAGCGCCGCCAAUACUAUAGACGUGGUCGGGGGCCGCGCCCGUGGUGGCGUAGAGGACGGCGCCGCUGGGUCCGAAGGUGUAGGUGGUGCGGUUGGGGGAGGAGUCGCGGAUGGCCUCGCUGACGACGGAGGCGGCCUUGGUCCACUUGCCGAGCUCGGGCGCGUAGAGGGUCUCCUUGUUGCCGAAGGGGGAGAGGAUGUACUGGCCGUAGCUGUGCCAGUCGAUGAAGAGCUUGAUCUUGGAGGUGUCGCGGAGCUUGCGGACGAGCCUGUCGAGCCCCCUGUUCUCGGGGGUGUCGGAGGGGGCUUCGCCGCGGUAGGUCUGGGAGCACGGGUUGGUGGAGGCGCCGCGCGGGUUGGUGUCCCAGCCGAACUCCCAGUUGCGGUUGAUGUCGCGGCCGUAGCAGGAUGGGUUGGUUGCGUUGGGAGGGGCGGGCUGUCUGUUCUUUCGCCAGAGGCGGUCGGAUGUCUGGGAGUAGACGAAGCCUGA